AUGGCAGCCAGACUCAGACUCGAGAACAAAGUUUGUAUCAUCACCGGAGCAGGAUCUGGUAUCGGAUUAGAAACAGCACUUCAGUUCGCAUCUGAAGGCGCAAGAUUACUUAUAUCGGAUAUAAACCCAACUUCUGUGGAAGAAGCUGCAAUCAAAAUCAACAAGAAAUUCCCAACUGCCAAGACCAUUUCUACCAAAUGUGACGUUUCAAAAGAACAGGAUAUAAAACAGAUGGUAGAUAAAGCUGUUGAAGAGUUUGGUAGAUUGGAUGUUAUAUUCAACAACGCAGGUAUCAUGCACCCAGCAGAUGACGAUGCCAUAAACACAGAUGAGAAAGUUUGGGAUAUCACUCAUAAUAUUAACGUGAAAGGUGUAUGGUAUGGAUGUAAAUACGCUAUCUUAGCUAUGAGAAAUAACAAACCUGAACCAGAAAAAGGACUUGGCGUAGGAGGUUCAAUCAUUAAUGUAGCUUCUUUCGUGGCUAAAUUAGGUGCUGCUACACCACAAAUUGCCUAUACCGCAUCUAAGGGUGCCGUUCUCGCUAUGACCCGUGAACUCGCCAUGGUCCAUGCUCGAGAAGGUAUCAGAAUCAACUCACUUUGUCCUGGUCCAAUCAAAACUCCCCUUCUCAUGGACUUCCUCAAAACACCUGAGAAACUGAACAGACGAAUGAUCCACAACCCAAUGGGAAGAUUUGGUGAAGCUGUCGAACAAGCCAAGGCCGUUGUCUUCUUGGCUUCCGACGACUCCUCUUAUAUUAACGGUACGGACUUCUUAGUCGAUGGUGGACUUCACGCUUGUUACGUCACCCCUGAAGGAGAACAAAUCGCCCCUGCGCCCACUGGACUCGCUUCAACCAUUUAA